AUGAGAUAUUCAGCCGUUUCUUGUAUUCGUUCGUCAACACAACCUUUUGACAUCGGCACCCAGCGUAUUCGAGCUGAAUCACUGUUUCUUCAGAUGGACUUCCUUGUGCAUGACCUGGGUAUACACCAUCGUAACUUGAAUGCCUAUGACACUGCAGAUGGAAAGUUUGACCAUGUCGGAAGAUAUGUCGUCCAACAGCAGGCUUUCUGGUACACGGUCAGAGCGUCCAUCUUUGCGGUUCUGCCUGCAGGACAGGAAAUCUCAGUUGAUUUAAUACGACCCUUCCAAUAUCUAGGCUGUGAGCCCCUCCGAGUUGGUCUGCUCCAACGUGGAUUUGAAAUUGUGAGCUCGUCGCUCAUCAGGGUGAACAACGUCAGCCAGUCGCCCAACGACAAUUCCAUCCUCGCUCAAGCUCUUUCCACUGCAAGCAGUCCGGGAAGACUCGGAUGUACCAGGGUUUGGAGGGGUUACAUGGUCAAUAAUGACGCUGCCAACCUUUGGGAAGACUAUUACCUUGACAUGACCACUUCUAUGGCCUCUGAGUGGCUCAUGUAG